ACCGCCUUGCGGCCCUGUGUACUCGUUAUAGUGCUCCAUAACGAGCUUGCAGUGUCUUCCCUCCCCAAGUACAAAGCGCGCCAAUCCCCUCAGUGCAUCAAUUCCGAAAUCCGGAAACAGCGGCAAUGGCGGCUAGCCCGACACUGCGCGCCGCUUUCGCGUCCUCUCCUAUCGCCGGGCCGCUCUCGACAUGUAGAUCGCACCGCUCAUCGACCCCCGCGAACGCUAGCUGGCUACAUAUUCCGUCUGGUUACCACCCGCGCUGCUCCCAGAUUCUCGCCCCCUGCAGCGGUGCCUCUAUAAGCGGGGAGGAGCUUUGCUCGCGAGGGCUCGUCUCAGGAUCUCGUUACUAUGACCGCGGGUUUAGUCACACCUUGUCAGGGUGGAAGGGCAGCAGCAGGCGUGGGGGAGCGAACCGAGCAAGCGGGGUGGCCAGAGCCGCUGAUCCAUCGGGCUCUUCCCAAGCAAAGCAGGAAUUUUCUUUCACCGACGAGGGCCCCUCAGUGGAGAUCCGCGUGCCCAUCCCCUCCUCUCUCCGGCCAAUCCAGUCGCGCCACGUGGCAGUGAAGGUGGAGGAGGAUGCGCUGGCAGUGGCUGUAGCGCCGCCAGCUGGCUUCGGCAGCAAGGAGGCGAAGGAGCGGUCGCUGCUGGUGGCACGACCGCUGUACGGGCGAGUGAAGGCCAGUGAGAGCGUGUGGUAUAUCGACGAUGCAGAGAUUGUUAUCACUCUCGUCAAACAACCCCAUCCCUCCUCUCCUUCCUCCUCCUCCUCGACUCCCUCUCAACCAUCCUCUCCCACCCUCCAACAACCACCACCUGCACCUUCCGAGCCUGUCUUCCAGGCUUGGCCGACCCUGCUUCAGGGUUGGGCGGCACUGACCGAGGCGGUGGCCAAUCAGCUGAAGAGCUGCUCUGUGCUGCUGGUGGGCGGUAGCUCUUGUCUGAAUGCGGCUGUUGCUGCAGAGCUGGCUACAGGGUUAGGAUAUGCACCAAUGGUGACUCAGCAGCUGGUGGAGCAACUAGCCUCUGCAACCAUUGAUGAGGUUGCCAGGGAAGAGGGGCCCGAAUCAGUGGCUCAGGCGGAGACUGCCCUAUUGGAUCACCUCUCGUCAACACUGCGAGUGGUGGUUGCGACCAUGGGCCAGCCCUACGGGGCGUCACUGCAGGCUGACAGCUGGCGGUUCAUCCACGGGGGGAUUGCGCUGUGGCUGGACGUGAAAGGAGAUGCAGACUCCCCGCCAGACCCGCAUUUCACCUCGAGAGCUGACGUGGCGAUUAGACUGCAUUUGCCAUCGGAUUGGACCACAGAGGACGGGGUGAGCGCUGACGUGGCGCGGGCGGCGGCAGAGGGAGCACUGACAGCUGUCAAAGCGGCAUUGGAUGCUGAUCCUCAGCUGCCAGGAAAGAAGAGCCUGUAUGUGCGAAUGGGCUGCAGGGGCGACUGGCCUGACCUUAUGCCGCCUAGUUGGGACCCCUCUGCAGAAAAUAAUGAAACUAGCAUUGGAGGGGGGGAAGACAGCAAGUGAUUGGAAGAAAGUGUUCUAGAUAGAACGCAUUCUGAGUUAUUCGCCAGGAAGGACGGAAAGCUUCAAAAGAGUAGGGUUAUAAGCUGUAAUAUAUCUGAUCAAGCCUUGGGAGGGCAUGUGCCUGCCAGGAUCCUCAAUGAACUUGAUAAAAGCACAUGCCUCCGUGUGCCCAUCAGCAGCAAGUGCCUUAAGCAUGCGCUGAGGCACCGUGUGUGCGUGAGUUGCAUACCACUCCCCCUUUUCUGGGGUUGGGCCAGAUGGCCAAAUCAAAGAGAACGAUUCCCUUCGGAUUGGGGAUGGGGGUCUUGAUUGGAAACAUGACACGGUGAGCCAUUUUGUGUCAACAUUCAUACAUGUGGUAGGAAAUAUACGAACUAUUAGUUA